UAUUUGUCUCGCUCCAACAUGUAUAUUAAACAAAUUCUCCCACUACGUUUUAAAAAUUUUGCGAAUUUAUUUCGUUUACCGCGACGCGACGUCUUAAAGUGGUUACUGGUUAUUUACUUUUGAGUGCGCCGCGCUGCGUACUACGAAACCUUGUAAAUUGGUUUUUUAAUUAUUCUAUCGCAAUAAAAUAUUCAUUUAUCUCAUUUGUAAAUAAAUGCGUACAGGUCAUGUUAUCGAAACGCGAAAAUUUUAUUGUAAUUCAUUCUAAAAUAAUUUAAUUGUAUGUAGAAGUCCGCGCGUUCGCUCACACUGUAGUUUCUUUUGUCUUUCGCAAUCAAUCAACAAUAGGUGGUCGUUCAGUAUAGUAACAGAAGUAGUUGAAUCACAAACUCGAAAGUGUUUUUGUAAUAUUCAAGAUGAGGAUUGUACCAGUGUUUUUUGCGAUACUAAGCGGCAUUGCGACGGUGCUAAGCUAUAGGAUAUUAGGUUUAUUACCCUAUAAUGGAAGAAGCCACUUUAUAAUGUUUGAGCCGCUUUUCAAAGCACUCGCUGCAAGAGGACAUGAGGUGGAUGUACUUAGUCAUUUUCCUCAAAAACAAAAGAUACCCAGAUAUAAUGAUCUCAGCAUUGCGGAUAGUUUGCCACAAAUUGUGGGAAAAUUAAGUUUCGAUAAAAUGGAGGAUAAGAAUUUCUUCAAAUCAUUUCAUAUGUUCCUUACCGAAUUCGGAAUUCGGAUUUGCGAAAAUGCGUUCAAUACCACCGUUGCCAAAAAUCUUAGAGAUUCGAAUAAAAAGUACGAUUUAAUAUUCACCGAAAUAUUUUCUUUUGACUGCAUGUACGGGUUUGCUCAUCAUUUCAAAACACCCGUUAUCGCAAUUUCCACCAAUAUAGAUUUACCAUGGGGCUCUAAAAGAAUUGGUAAUCCUUCUAAUCCUUCGUAUGUACCAGUUUACUUCUUGCCUUAUUCAAGAAAAAUGACUUUAUUCGGAAGGAUAUUGAAUACUCUUUGUUAUCUGUUCACAUCUGCAGUUUAUGAUACGUAUUCUAUGAGUCAUAAUACUGAGGUGGCGAGGAAUUUUUUUGGACAAGAAAUGCCUCAUUUAAAUGAUCUUAUUUACAAUCAUACUAGCAUGGUAUUGAUUAAUACUCACUUUAGUAUUAACUAUGUGUCCCCGAAAGUUCCAAAUUUCAUUGAAAUAGCUGGAAUACAUAUUCCCCCGUCUAAACCCCUUCCAAAGAAAAUUGAAAUGGAAAUGGACAUUGAAAACGAGUUCAGAGGAAUAAUAUACGUGAGUUUUGGAUCUCUUAUAGCUGUUGAAACUCUCCCAAUUCACAUUUUGCGAAUAUUUUGUGAAGUAUUUGCAGAGUUACCCUACAAAGUGUUGUGGAAAGGACCAGUAGAAAAGUUCCCUAAAAAUUUAACGAUUCCAUCCAAUAUUUAUUUUGAAAAAUGGAUGCCUCAACGCGAUAUAUUAUGUCAUCCUAAUGUAAAACUAUUUAUUUCACACGGAGGAUUGAUGGGUACCCAGGAAAGCAUCUAUUGUGGGAUUCCAACGCUAGGACUCCCCAUAUUUGCUGAUCAGGAACUUAACAUUGGCAAUUCAGAAUCUCGAGGAGUAGCACUGAAACUCAGGUUUAACGAUGUCACCAAAGAAACAUUUCGUAAUUCAGUAACCAAACUUCUUGAUGAUCCCAGUUUUAAAAAGAACGCGGAGCAUCUUUCAGAAUUAUUCCGCGAUAGACCAGAUUCAGCCUUAGACACGGCAGUUUACUGGACUGAAUAUGUAUUAAAAUAUAAGGGUGCUCCACAUCUAAGAAGUGUGGCAGUCGAAAUGCCAUGGUACGAAUACUUUCUUGUAGAUGUAAUUAUAGUAUUAAUAGCGGUAAUUAUUAUUUCCGUUCUUGCCUUUUAUAUUGUUAUUAAAGGUAUUUUAAAUUUGCUUUGUAAGAGCAACGAUAAACACAAAAUGAAACAGCAAUAAAAGUAUUAAUUUUUUA